GGGGUGUUUGUGCAUGCAAACAAGCAAGGUCGCACUGGCAAAAAGCAGUAACAAAGAAUAUCUCACAAAUCAAGCAGCGAAGAAUAUGACAGAGUCCAUCUACACGUUCACAGAGGACUUUGAUGUCACUCCUUCCGUCCAAGCAGACUUUGAUAAGAAUGGCUACAUCAUUGUCAGGUCUCUGUUCGAUUCUGAGGAAGUCACGUUACUGAAGGAUGCUCUUGAGUCGGACGAGGGAAUCAUUCGGUACGCCUUCGGCCGGGACGACGGAGAGGGCGGAAAGAUCCGAAUGGUCCUGUGGAACCAGCCCGGAAAUGACAUCACUGGAGUCAUGGCUAGAUGUGAGAAGGUGGCAGGAACAAUGGAGAAGCUGUUAGGAGGAGAGGUGUACCACUAUCACGCCAAGCUGAUAAUGAAGGACGCUCGGACAGGGGGCGCUUUUGUCUGGCACCAGGACUACGGGUAUUGGUACGAGAACGGAUGCAUCUUCCCCGAUAUGGGGACUGUCUCCAUCGCAUUGGACAAGGCUACGCAAGAGAAUGGCUGUCUUAAGGUGAUCCCAGGCUCCCACCGGAUUGGUCGGAUUGAUCACGUGCUGGUUGGUCACCAGAUGGGGGCGGAUGUGGAACGAGUUACAGAGAUCCAGAAGUUUCUCCCCUUGGUGCAUGUUGAGUUGGAGCCGGGUGACGCCCUGUUUUUCCACUGUAACCUGCUCCACUGCAGCGAGCAGAACCACAGCGACAAGCGGCGCUGGGCCUUCCUGGUGGCGUACAACCGGGCCUCCAACAACCCGGUCAUAGAGCACCAUCAUUCACGUUACGUACCAAUGGCAAAGGUGCCCAACAGUGCUAUCAAGAUGUGCACAACUACAACGGAUCUCACCGGGAAGGAUUUCUCCGAUCCGGCAACGGAAGACAUCAAGAAGGUCACAGAGAAGACCCAACGUUGACGACUCUUACCUGCAAUUCACCCAAGCUUCACAAGGGGUCGUUAUUCCCUCCGUGAAACUGAGGGUUUGUUUUUUUCACUGCUGUUUUUAUGUCAGAUGGACGUUUGUCAGCCUGAUAACUGGGGGACGCAUGGAUGGAUUGCUUUGAUAUUUGGUAUGUAAGUAGGAUUAGACAUGACAUGGGAAAGGUAGGAAUUGCGUUUCUGCAGGGCGCUCUAGCGGCGUGUUAUGGUAAUGUAGCAGAACUUCCGGUUUUGAUAAUUUUUGUUCGGGACUUGUUUGGGUGAUGAUAGGUAGCUGUGUAAAAAGCGUAGUAAGGUGUGUAAGUUUUGCCCCCCUAGGGGUGUCCCAUGGGCAGUGAAAGUAAUUCUUGUGUUAGGUUCUGAGAAGGAAUAAUGCAAGCAGGUGUUGAUGGAUCGGAAUGGCUGUGGGUAUGCUGAUAGCUUACGUAAUGAUGUAAAUAAUUGUAUGCUUGUUAUGCAAAUUAGGUGGUAAUUUUCAUAAUGCAAUAGUUAUGUGUAGAAACCUUCUACAGUCAAUGUCUGUGAACAAACGAAUUCAAUUUGGUGAACGCCAGGACAGAUUGAUCUGAUAUUUGGUAUGUGGGUAGGUAUUUGGAAGGGUCAGAAACGUACGUGGCGUUUUUUUGCCUAGUGGCUUUUGACGGUUUUGCAGGGGAUGUUUGUACUUGGAAAAUAUGUAAAAUAUGUAGUGUGGCUAUUCCGUAAUAGUGCUAUAUUUAGGUGAUUACAUCAUGCCGAUGCCAGUGUGGGCUGCAGUUGUGCCCGUCCCCACAGGAAGUGACCCCAAAAUCCAUAUUUGCGGCAAUAGAGGAAAUGGUUUAUAGGAACAGUACAUUAUACAUGAUGGGGUGUACAUGUCCCCCAUACGAUUUGAUAAUCUGUAGACCAAGAAUAAGGGCAAUGAUGAUAUUGUGUACAGGGGCGUAUAUUAUACUUUUUUAAACGGUUGUACAUGUAACACUUACUACCGGUACAUUACAUUGUUGAAAAAAGUCACGUAUUAAAAAGUUUAUGUACGAAGUGGAGCAGGGUUUGUUUUUCACAGUAACUUGUAGUCAUUGAGGCAGGCGGGUUAGUCCGGGGGCUUCAUUCCCGGACCGCCCUUCGACGCGUGCGGACGCGAAACCCCGCCCACCCACAACCGUAACAAGAACUUCGUAAACAAACACCGUAAACAAAUAACUAUCACUGUAUAUACUGUACAACUACCAAUGUAUGUAACUACUUCUCCUGUGCAGAAAAUUCAUCUGUCAUUUUUAUUGUUUACCAUUAAUA